AUGACACAGUCCAGCUGUUUCAACUGCAGCUCUACAAUGCCUCUAGAAUCCACAAGCCUGCAGAAAUGGAGGAACUCAGAGAUAGACUCCUCUGUAGCUAAAUCAGAUGCCUUGGUUAUGAAGAAUCAUAUGCCUGCACUGAUUCUCAUCUAUGUGAUCUGGAAUCUGGGGAAGCUGCUGUAUGGGGGGAUGAAAGAUUCCUUUAGCGAGGCUGAAAAUUUUAUAGAGAUUGCCAUCCAGAAACAAAAGGAGCAGUUGUUUGCAGAGCUUAACAGAAUCGAUGUGCAAAUGAUGCGGAGUGUUACUAGGGUGCAGAAAUCAGAGAUGGCGUAUGAACUCCAUGGUUUCCUGGCUGGAAAUGUCAGCAUCGUUACUGGAGAAAACAUCAAGCCUUCUUACGUUGGAGAUGAUGAGGCCUUUCUGCGGAAGGUCUCCAGAUUGCUUCUAUCUCGGCUGGCCAAUGCGUGA